ACUCUAACCUUGGCUUGUCCUGGUCUGAGUUACUGUUGUCAGGUUUAUCAAAUUGUGAUUAAAAUCAAUUCAUCUGAAUUAUUUACCAUUGACUUGGUUAUUAUUUAAUUAAUUAUUUGUUUAAUCAUUAUUUCAACAUCAUGAAGGGUAAGCUUGCGUUAUCCGGUCUCAUGAAGAGAUCCUUUGCUGCCCAAGCUCAAGCUGCACGUAAAAGUGAGCCUAAUCAUUUGGCUAAAGGUGAACUGAAGACUAAAGUAUUACCUAAUGGUAUGACUGUAGCUUCUCUAGAAAAUCUUUCACCUGUCUCCAAGAUUGGUGUAUUUGUUCGAGCUGGACCUCGCUUUGAAACUUCCAAAGAGGCUGGUGCAUCUCACUUGAUUCGAUAUGCAGCUGGAAUGCAUACACAAAAUUUCACCAUUUUUGGUAUAACCCGUAACAUGGAAUACUCUGGUGCUUCUCUUACAGCCUCCUCUACCAGAGAUGACAUUAUUUAUCAAAUGAACGGACUACGUGAAUCUAUGAAGGAUAAUUUCAAGUACCUUGCUGACACUAUCGCUCGACCAGCUUUUAAAUUCUGGCAACUUGACGAUUAUAAGUAUCGAUUGGAAGUGGAGAUUGAACGAUCCAAACUUGACCCACAACAAGUUCUUUUAGAUGAAGUUCAUCGCAUCGCUUUCAAAGGAGGUUUAUCUAAUUCUCUAUAUGCUAGCAAGGAGGUUAUUGAACAUCAUGAUCCAGAACAUUUGUCCGAGAUGCUUCAUCAUUACCAUAGCAGAAAUUUUAUGAACAAGCGAACCACAGUCAUUGGUAUUGGAGUUGACCAGGAUCGAUUGUUAGAACAUGUUGAGAAAACUUUCGGAUUACCUGAUCUUUCUGGUCCAGAAUUAGUAAAAUCUAAAUUUAUUGGAGGUGAAUCAAGGAUAAUUAUGGAUGCUGAUCGCGAUCAGACUUUUGCUGUUAUAGGUACCGAAGGAGUGAGUGCUGAAAAUCUUAAAGAUGUUGCCACAUAUACUUUAUUACAAGCUAUCCUUGCAACUGGAGUACACACAAAGAAAGGUGUUGGAGCAAGUAAACUAGCCCAAGCAGCAGCUAAAGUAGCCAAAGCUCCUUUCAGAGUUGACGGUGUUAAUAUCAAUUAUGCCGAUACUGGUCUCUUUGGUUUUGCUAUUGCAUGUCAUGCUUCAGAAUCUGGUGAUAUCGUCAAAGCUGUUGUUGCUAAAAUGAAGGAGACUUGCAAAAAUUUGAAAGAGGAAGAUUUACAACACGCAAAAAAUCGUGUCAAGGGAUCUUUUGCUUUGUCUCUCGAAGACCAAAACAACCUUUUGGAUCAUUUGGGUAUGAUUCUGACAAAUCAUAAUGAAGUUAAAUCAGUCGAUGAUAUGGAAAAAUUGGUUGAUGGAAUUACAUUAAAGGAUGUUUCCGCGGCUGCCGCAAAGAUCAUGAAAACAAAGGGUACUCUAGUGUCUGUGGGUAAUUUAGAUAAUAUGUGCUAUUUAGAUGAGCUAACAGCCUAAUCAAUUCCGAUAAAUAAAAUUUUAACUGAAGUGUUGGACGUAUAUGACAAAGCUAAUGUGAAAAAUUUGAACCCUUAAAUUCCCUACUCUGAAUUAGAACAUGUAAAUUAAACUAUUGUUAAUCGAUUGCCUCAAAUCGAGUUUGGGUUCGUAUGUACAAAGUAAAUCUAUAUUUAUCCUUCAUUUCUGUUCACCGCAAGAUUAAAGAAAUUCAGACGAGCCUGUUUUAUUUAAACAUUUUAA